AUGCCUUGCUUCAAAGGUAUUGCUGUCAGUGUCCAUGCUGAAGGAUCACCGCUCCCUGAAUAUGGAGUAACUCGACAAUCAAGAUUCAGUCGUAUUAACACAUACAUCCCCGUCCCUCAACCCAAAAUUCCCCGCGAUUCGACCACCAAUAAACCUGAAGCCGCAAAGUUUGCUAUCUCAAUUACGUUGUUAACUCCAGGUCUUCCCAUUCCUUACAGCACGCCGAAAGCAACACCCGCGAACCCUUAUCCUCAGCCUCAAACCGUCACUGGUUUGCCUGGCUUUGGCGAGAAAACAAAUUUCUCUGGUCAAGUCGGUCCCUACAUACCAAUCACCAAGUCGGAAAAUGAAACAAUCGCUGCAUAUAUCUAUUUUGAUGGCAGACCAAAGGAAGAAGUGGCCACUCUUUUACGACCAAGCGAAGAGACAUGGGUAAAUUCUCGAUGGGUCCAGGUUCCAGACUCUGAAGGAGGAGGACUGGCUGAGCGAGAGUUCUUGUUCCGCGAGGUUGGUCUAGAGCGAUGGUUGAACGGACUUGAUCUUGACGGACAAGAUGCCGCUGCAAGAAUCGAAAAGCGUCGACAAAAGUUCGAGAAGCGUCGUAGGCGCAGAAAGGACGAACUUGGCAGUGAUGAUGAACUCGCAGACAUGAUGACACCAAGAAAGAGAUCCACGGCACGAGAGGUUCUACGAUACGGAGCAGAUGACCAAUCGCCGGUCGAGACCGUUUCAGAUGACGAAAGUUUCAGCUCAGACUCGGACGACGAUGAUGCUUUACCGGAAGCUGCAGGACAAAUCAAGGUUGCUAUGUUUCGGGUACUCGCAUCUGGAGAAAUUAAACGCGGCGAAUACUCUCCACAAUUUGAUGCUCAUGAUGAUGAUGAAGAAGGAGAGAAAGGCAAUGGAGAAGGAGGAGAGGGGGAUGUUGAUCACACCACAAGUUUUGCAAAGCCUAAGACAUUGGAUCCAAAAUCUAUUAGCACACAAACUGUCACUGGAAUAGACGGGCCCGAUAAGCCUUUCGCGGUCUUUACAUUCUUCUAUCGAGGUCAACGUCAAUUGCAAAAGAUGGGCAUUCUACCAAAUUCAAAGCAGGAAAAGAUAUCCAGCAGUGCUGCGAAACGAAGGUCAACACAGUUAGAUUUCGGAAAUAUUGGCAAAUUGAGUAAUACUGGAACCGUUGGAUUUUCCGCCUUUAGAGAUAACGACACCUCCGCAAAGCGCAGCAAAUCUAAAAAGAGUAAUGGAAAUGCCGGCAUGAUGGAAGACAGCGACGAUGAAGACGAUGACGAUAAUGGAGUAAAGAUGGAAGAAGUGGAUGAUAAGGACGAUCCAAAUAAGACUUUGAGUACCGAAGAUGCAAAGUUUCAGGGAGAAUUAGCAGAUGGGGUUGGACGAAUCAAGUUAAAACGCCAAUAUUCCGCUGGAAAUUUGAAUAACUUGGGCAGAUCACCUAACUCAACCAGCAAUACAUCUGGCAAUGCUACUCCCGCUACGGAUGGAGACAAUAAUGGUCUAACUUUACCAAACAAUGUGUUCGGAAAGAGCCUCGCAGACAACAACUUUGUUGGUAGUCCUAUGAAGAAACAUAGAGCUAGCCUCCUCGGUGAUGAGUCUCUAGAUAAACGACUGGCAGGAUUUUCGAGUAAUCUCGACAUUGUAGCAGCAGCCGAAGCUGCGCAGACUCCCCUCCCAGAGCCAGCAAUGAAGGAUGUCGACGAAGAAGAGCUAUGA